AUGGAUCGGAUCAACUCUUCUGGUUAUGUGAUCAAUGUCUCUACUUUAGUAAGCAACAGCACCGGUGUUCCAACUCCUGUCCCCAAAAUAAUCGUUGCUGUUUCUUUGUUCAUGUCAUUUAUAGUGGGUACCAUCAGCAACGGCCUCUAUCUGUGGAUGCUGAAAUUCAAGAUGCAAAGGACUGUCAAUACUCUGUUAUUUUUUCAUCUCAUUCUCUCCUAUUUUAUUUCAACGUUGGUUCUGCCAUUUCUGGGCGUCUCCUACCUUCAGAACAAUCACUGGCCCUUUGGAAUUGUCUUGUGCAAAGUAUUCAACAGCACUUUGUCUGUGAGCAUGUUUGCCUCUGUUUUCUUCCUCUCUGCCAUCAGUGUUGAUCGGUAUCUCCUCACCCUUCACCCAGUGUGGUCCCAGCAACACCGAAGCCUGCGCUGGGCUUUCAGAGUAGUCCUGGGAGUCUGGAUUUCUGCCACUAUCCUCAGCGUACCCUAUUUGGUUUUCAGGGAGACGCAUGAUGACCAGAAAGGGAGAAUGGUAUGCCAAAACAACUACCUUGUGUCCACUAGCUGGGAGAACAAAGACAAGCAAACACUAAGGGGAUGGAUUCACGCAGCCUGUUUCCUCGGCCGCUUCCUGCUGGGCUUCCUUCUGCCCUUCCUCGUCAUCGUCUUUUGCUACAAAAGAGUGGCUACCAAGAUGAGAGAGAAGGGACUAUUUAAAUCCAGCAAGCCCUUCAAAGUCAUGAUGACUGCCGUCAUCUCUUUCUUUGUGUGCUGGAUGCCUUACCAUGUCUACAGUGCCUUGGUCCUCGCCAUGAACCAGUCUCUACUUCUACAGGUGAUUCUGGUCCUUACGGUGGCAACCGCUACUUUCAAUACUGUCUUUUCUCCGAUUCUCUAUUUAUUCACGGGGGAGAAUUUCAAGGUUUUCAAGAAGUCUACUCUUGCUCUGUUCAAGUCAACAUUCAGUGAUGAUUCUUCUACAGAAAGGGCACAAAACCUAAACUCAGAAACUGAAAUUUAAAUUCUGGAUCCUUUGGGCCGAAGAGAUGGCAUUGGUUAAGAAUCCUUGUUGCUCUUCGAUUGGCUUUCAGUUCCCAACACUCACUUCUGCCUGUAACCCCCAGCUCCUGGGGAUCUAGCAUCCUCUCCUGGCCUCCGCGGGC